UAAAUAAAGACCUGGCGAGCGGAGGAAGGGAGCCCAACCGCUCUAAAGGACAGAAAUCCCCGACAAAGAGCCCGGGAAGUGCCGUCUUAGUGAAACUAAUGUCUCGAAUCUGAAAAAAAGGAGGGCUUGCUGGUAACCUUGACAUCGAGGAUUCUCUGGCUGGUCGCGCGGAAGGGGAAAGAUGUGCGAUGGAAUGGUAGCGUUUCUGACGAGAGUCCCGUCCUCCUCCUCCUCCUCCUCCUCCUCCUCCUCCUCGCUAGACCACAGGCUGGCUGCCUCCGCGUUGCUCCUCCUCCUCCUCACACUGCUGCCGUCCAGUCACGCAUCAGGAUGUCCCCGUCCGGACGGCAUGGCCCACGGGGACCUGGUGAACCAGACGGAGGCCAACCGGGGCUCCUUCCCGCCCGGCACCCUACUGACCUACGGCUGCGAGGUGGGCUACGCCCCGGACGGCCCCCCCACCAUCGCCUGCACCGGCACCGGGGCCUGGUCCCACCCGCCCCCGCGCUGCCUCCGCAGUAACGUGUGUUCGCCCCCCACGGAGCCGGAGAACGGGGGCUACCGGUGUCACCCCACACCCUGCCAUCGCCUGGCCCAGAAGACCGUCAUCGAGUACUUCUGUGACGAGGGGUACGCCCUCAAGGGGGACUACAAGUUCCUCACCUGCCAGAACGGGGAGUGGGACGCGCCCAUGCAGAUCAGCUGCCGCCUCAGCCAAGACAGGGAGCCCACCUCUCCGCUGGGCAUGCCCGCCCUCUCCAUCGUGGCCUCCACCGCCAGCUCUGUGAUCCUCAUCCUGCUGCUGGUGGUGCUGUUUGUCCUGCUGCAGCCCAAACUCAAGUCCUUCCACCACAGCAGGAGGGAGCAGGGCGUGUCUGGCCAGUCGUGCUCCAUCAUGGUGGAGGGCGUGCAGGUGGCGUUGCCCUCCUACGAAGAGGCGGUGUACGGCAGCGACGGCGCUCGCAGCAGCCCUCCGCCCUCUCCUCCUCCUCCUCCUCCUAAUCCCCCAGCCCAGCUUCCGUCCGAGUCCCGGGUCCCCAUCGUGUUCUCCGAGGGCCCGUUGCCACAGCAACACCAGGGGCCUUCGGAGGCGGGACCCUCUAGAACCCGCCACCAACACCACCAGAACCAUCACCACCAACACCAGCUCCACCACAGAGACUUGGACCUCUGCCUCCCCUCCACCUCCUCCUCCUCCUCCUCCUCCGCCUCCUCCUCGUCACGCCGCCACGCGGAGACGGUGCUGGUUCACCAGGCGCCCCACCCCUCCUGCUCCUCCUCCUCUGCCUCGUCCUCCUGGGCUAGAGGGCCCUUGAGGGGGGCGUGCGCGGCGCCACUGCCCCUCCGCAGAGACUCCGACAGCAGCGACCAGCACAGCCUGCUGUCCAUGGCCUCGGGUGACGACUACUCUGAUGAUAUUCCUCUGCUGAAGGAAGCAUGAUGCUUGGAACCCAGAGACCCCCUCUUAUCUGUCACCCCGAGCUCUCUUACUGCUGAUGAGGCCUGACUGUGGAUCUCCACCAGUCCCCACCAACACACACACACACACACACACACACACACACACACACACACACACACACACACACACACACACACACACACACACACACAAACACACAGACCGCAACCAAAAAGAAGAAGAAGCAAACCGCCCGCAAACGUCCUCCUUCUCUCCACCCCGUUAAUAGACUCUUGCCUGCUGCCACACAGACAUGCAUAUCGAGUGUGUCCGCCCCAGUAUAAACCAAACUCUCCGUCUCUCUCAAUGUGUGUGUGAUGAUAUACAAGCAGAACGUACAGGUUGUGUACUUUAGGCUAUGCAUUGCUUCACCUCAUCUAUUGCUUCACCCCGACACGCCCCCACCCCGCCCGUAUCUGGCCGGUCACAUGUGGAUCUAUCGACUCAAGCGAAGCGCUUCUUCGAAGGCUACGAUCGCUGAUGUGGCUCUAAAUAAACCUGCGUCACUACACACGCAACUACAAAGAGCAAAUUAGGAAAAAAUACAAAUCAACGACUUGUUGAUUCAUAUUUCGUAUGAAGAGCUUGGUCAUAAUGGAAAGUUGGCGUCCUAUGGUCUGGGAGAUGUGUGUGUGUGUCAUGCAUGUGUGUGUGGAUUUGUAUGUGUGUGUGUGUGUGUGUGCGUGCGUGCGUGUGUGUGUGUGUGUGUGUGUGUGUGUGUGUGUGUGUGUGUGUGUGUGUGUGUGUGUGUGUGUGUGUGUGUGUGUGUGUGUGUGUGUGUGUGUGUGUGUGUGUGUGUGACCCCCGGAUUUAUUUUGGGAUUCCUUUUCAUUACUUUCUGCACCUGAUUGUAUUUAUUGCUUGGGUUGUGGGGCUCAGUUUGACGUGCGUUGGUAGUUGGGGUUUCCUAGAGUUAAAGGCGUGUGUGAGUGUGUGCUUGAGCAUCCAGUCAUCUUUUUCGGUCUGUGCCUCAGUAAGGCGAAAAAGAGCAAGCUGUCCACUCGUGUGGCCGGCUGCAAAUGGGAAACAACUAAUUGGCGUAAGUCCCCAGCAACCGUCUACUGUAGAAAUUGAGAAGAGUGUACGAUUUGUGUAGUGCUCCCCUUCAAAUAAAAAUAUGGAAUAUGUCCGUGGCAGUAAGUGGCCGGAGCAGAUGGGCUCACUUGAGGACUUCUCAAGGACUUGACUCUCUGUUCUGAUGGAGUCUGCAUCCUCAGAUCCUUAUCGACACUACUGCAGCUGGUUGCAGUAAAGACAAAAAUGGUAGAGAUCAAGAUGUCCUUUUUACAGAUGCUGAGUGUGUUUGAGAACCAUUAUCAUAUUCAUUAUCAAUCACCUUCCUUUUAAAAAAGGUAAUAAGUCUUUAUUUUAAUAACCGCUUGAUGCACGUUUUUUGGGUUGACCCGGUCCCUCUGAAAACCACAUGACUUUAUUGGUGAUGUCCAUUUCCAAAUGAAUAUCAUGUUUUAUGAUUCUGUUGUCAUUUCGCAGUUUUUUUUUCUCUUGACACAGCCCUUCGUCGUCAAUGGCUACAUUAUUGCAGCUAAUGUUGCCUUAGACUUGUACAUGUUUAUUUUUGCCUUUUAUUUUUGGUCUGGUUUCUAUUGUUAAGCCUUUGUAUUUUUUUUUCCUGCAAUACAACAAUGCAAUGUCUUCUGUGUUUCCAAUGGCCUUACUUACAUUAUUUUUUCUAUGCAUAACAAUGUCUUGUUUGUGUUUUGCGGGUUUGCUUUCUUUGUUUCAUGUGGUUUUCUUAUGUUUCAGAGGCCACUCAGAAAAAGCACCUCUUCCUCCCUUUGUCCACGAGGCUUCCAGACGCUGCAGGGCCCCCAUAAUCAUCUCUAGUCCUUUCUGCUUCUCAUUAGCUACAAGGCCAUUUAGACUACAUGGGAAUCCGAUAUAUAUAUAUCUAUACAUUAAGAAGAUUGAAUUAAAACUUUGCGUCCAGAAGCACUGUUGUACAGUGCUGCUUUCCAGAGAAACGAUGAGAAAAACAUGUUCUUAAUGAUUCUGCUUCUCACUGCUUUUUUGCUUUGGUUUCCUCCUCUGUACCUGACAGUGGGUGUCAAAAUAGUAAUUUAAUAUUUGUAUAAAGUUUAAUUUAAUUUUACAGUGUGUAUAUAACUUUCUAAUUAAAGCUUUCUUUUGAAGUGGUGUCAUUUAUUAAACAGUGUCAUUUAUUAAACACCCUGCAUUAGCUACCAAGUCAGCCGAAACCAUGGGCUGAAAUAAAUAUAUCAUUACACGUAUUUCAUUCUAUUCAGUUGCAGUUUAGUUAAGGUACAGAAGAUCCGGGCAUGGAAGCAUAUGAUUCACCUGGAUAAUAACAAUGAACCCAACAGCCCAUUUCAUUCAGCUUAUACGUUAUUUAUUUUUUGAAUAUGAAAAGGCCAGCUCAUUCAGUACGAAAUCUGAAAGCUUAUGCUUAGCAUGGUUGGUAUGGUAUAAAUCGGAAAGCUUAUGCUUAGCAGGGGUUGGUAUGAAUAAAUUUCGGUGUAUCCAAAUAUCCCAUACGCUCUCACACAAGCUGCAACACGCACUAUUUUAUUUAUUGAUCCCUCAUCG